UCAACACUCAUCUGGAAGCAGCGUUCCAUAGCUACUGUACGGCCUAUAAAUCAAACCCGUGGCUGUGUGAAUCCUUCUGGGAUCGAUCUCUCUCUCUCUCUCUCCCCCGAAAAGUAGGGUUCAGCGGGACAUGGAAUUGUACUACUCCACGAAGCUGUCGAUUUCUUCGGAUGCGUCUUGCCACUUCUUGCCGGGAUGGGGCAGCCAUGUCUCCAACUCCAGCAGCCUUAAUUUGUCUAGGAGGAGGGGGAGGGGUAGGAGGAAUCGGAGGACCUCGUCGCUUCGCUUUUCGAUUGCUGCUGCUGCGGCGGCGACCGAGACUGCAACCAGGAAGCUGGUGCCGAUAUCGAGGCGGAACGAGCCGGCGGAGAGGGUGACCAGCGCCAUGGAGCAGCUCGACAUCGAGCGCGGCGUCUGCAUCCCCUUCCGCAAGUACACUCCCGAGACGGUCAGGAACAAGGUUCUGGAAUCGAGGGGGUCGAUACUGUCGCUAAUCGGCCGUGGCGUGGAGAUCGUCUGGAACUUGGGCCUCUACUGGUCGGCACUCACCUACGACUGCUUAGUUGGAAGGGAUGAGGAAGUAGUCCCUUACCGCGCUCGCCAGCUUCGCAAGCUUCUCUGCGACCUUGGCCCAUCUUUUAUCAAAGCCGGUCAGGUGCUAGCAAAUAGACCGGAUAUAAUUCGAGAAGAUUACAUGAACGAGCUCUGCAUUCUCCAAGAUGAUGUCCCUCCUUUCCCGAGUCAGGUGGCAUUUGCUAUCAUUGAAGAGGAUCUUGGGCAACCACUCGAACAGGUGUUCAGUAGAAUUUCGUCGCAGACUAUAGCGGCUGCCAGCUUAGGUCAAGUUUACCGUGCCACUCUACGAGAAACAGGGGAGGAUGUUGCUAUAAAGGUGCAAAGACCAGAGAUAGAGCCUAUAAUUUACCGAGAUCUUUUUCUCUUCCGCAAUCUGGCUUCAUUUUUGAAUGGUAUCAGUCUGCAGAAACUAGGUUGCAAUGCAGAGCUUAUUGUUGAUGAAUUUGGUGAAAAGCUAUUGGAAGAACUUGACUACACUCUUGAAGCUCGGAACAUUGAGGACUUUUUGGAGAACUUUAAAGAUGAUCCAACUGUUAAGAUCCCACGCGUUUAUAAACAAUUCUCUGGUCCACGUGUCUUAGUAAUGGAGUGGAUUGAUGGCAUUCGAUGCACUAAUCCACAGGCCAUUAAAGCAGCAGGCAUCGAUGUAAAUGGUUUUUUGACAAUUGGGGUUAGUGCUGCAUUGAGGCAGUUGCUAGAAUUUGGGCUGUUCCAUGGAGAUCCACAUCCUGGAAAUAUCUUUGCCAUGCGUGAUGGCCGUAUUGCUUAUGUUGAUUUUGGAAAUGUGGCCGAGCUUAGUCAGCAAAAUAAGCAAAUUUUGAUUGAUGCCGUUGUCCAUGCUGUCAAUGAGGAUUAUGCUGAGAUGGCAAAUGACUUCACUAGGCUUGGCUUCCUUGCUAGUGGAACAGAUGUCUCUCCUAUUAUUCCAGCGUUAGAGGCUAUAUGGCAGAACUCAGUUGGGAAAGGAUUGUCUGACUUCAAUUUUCGAAGUGUCACUGGGAAGUUCAAUCAACUUGUCUAUAAUUACCCAAUUCGCAUUCCGGAGAGAUUUUCUCUUGUUAUUCGUUCUUUGCUGACUCAAGAAGGAAUCUGCUUCACGCUUAAGCCAGAUUUUAAAUUUCUUGAGGUUGCAUAUCCAUAUGUAGCAAAGCGCCUUUUAACAGAUCCAAAUCCUGCGCUUCGUGAACGUCUCAUACAGGUUCUGUUUAAAGAUGGAGUGUUUCAGUGGAAACGACUUGAAAACCUUAUAAUUCUUGCCAAGGAAAAUGUGGCUAAGAUGAACAGCAACCCUGCAUUACAACAAAAGAGCAGCACCCGAAGUUCAAGGAGCUUGCAAGUUGAGAAGAAACUGGACCUCACAGAAACCAUAAAAGAUGGAGCACGUAUGUUUCUAAUUGAUGCUGGGAUUCGACGUCAACUCAUCAUGGCUCUAACAGAAGACUCCAAGCUUCACAUUCAAGAGCUUGUAGAUGUAUACAGGUUGGUCGAGGAUCAAAUAGAUAUACCUUCUGUUGCUUUGGAGGUUCUGCAAGACUUGCCUAACGUCACACGUGAUUUUAUGCUUGCAUGGAGUGAUUCUGUCCUAUCAGACCGGUGGUAACGGUGGCGAUUGCACUGCAGUCUGGUAUGCAUCCAGGAUCUUGCCAUGUCCCAAGUUUUGGAUUUUCUCACACCUCCCUCCCAAUCACCUCUUUUUUCUUUCUAUCUACUAAUCCUAAACCCUCUCCUCACCUCACUGUAUUGUAGAAUAAGUUGUAAUCUUAUAGGCUCUAAUAUGUAAAGUCUUUUUAAAUGUAUCCAAAGUAUGCCCAUUUUUUUGGCACAUUUCUUUGUACAACAAAGCAGAUAUGAAAUACGAGUAUAGUAGGCAUGGUAUAAGAAUGAAACUAGUUGUUUC